AUGGAAAGUAGAGGAUCAAUCCCGAGCCCUGAGAGUAAAUUCAAGCCAAGAGCCCAGUGGGACACAAGCGUGAGCCGACUGGAAAAGGCUGAAGUGGAGGAUUUCAGCACCAAGGACAGCACCCCGGCCGCACUCCCCACUGGCUUCAAUCACACUCCUCCCGAUAUCGGAGAAUUCCACAUCGCAACAUUGGCACCAGGGCUGCUCUCUGUUAAUCACAGCCAGCCAGGGAGUCAUGGAGAGCAGAUGGAUGUGUUGUGUUUGUCUCCACCGCAGAGCAAUGGAAAGAUCUGA